GCUUUCAUGACGUCUCGAUCUUCAGCGGGGAGAGGCAUGACGACGUCGCGAGCGAGUGGCACCAGGGCGCGGAGGAAAUACUCACGCAGGACGAGAGUCGCGCGGCUGUGCUCGCGACGCACAUAAACCCGGAGGACCUUAAACCCUAACCAGGAUGUCGAGGACAUGCGAGGCCGAGCAGCACGAGGAGGGUUGGAGCAAGAGCCAGGAAUUGGCAGAGCUGUCCAACUGGAAGAGAAUUCAGACACAGAUUGAUCAUCUGAUCUGAAUUCUCAUUCGUCAUGGUAAAAUGUCUUGCACGGAUUCUACAGAUUUGACAUGCUUGCUUUGCCAACUCCUGAUCGAAUAAUUUGCUUCUCUUCCGGACAUUUUGUGACUUUCCGCGUUUUUAUGCUGACUGUCAGCUGGGGAUGUGGAGAGAUUUGCUCCCACAUGAACAUCAAGUUAUCGAACUCUCUUGGUCAAGAACACCUGAGAGAAUUCUUCCUUAGCUUGAAUUGCGGUUUGGUAGAGCAGUUUGUGGGUUGGCUUGCGUCCUGAGGGCCGGCGGUUUAACAAUUUGUGGAGCCCCUGCACUUUAAAUCCGACUGUUUUCGUAAGCAGCUGUUUAGAAGGCGCCUAAGAAGCAGCUUUGCAAUUUCCAUAGAAGUGUGAAACGAUUCUUCAGCUCGGACUAAAACCAUGACUAAAGGCGGUAAGAAUUCCAUCAAGAGCGGCUUGCAGAAGAAAGGCACAAAGCUCCCCUGGCAACGCAAGUCGGGUUGGCGCAACGUGACUCCUGGAUCAGAAUCUCUUUCGUUACUGGUUGGGAACGAAGAAGGAGGAUUCUUCUCCUUGGAGGAAUUUGAUGGAGAUGAUUUCGAAAAUUUCGAUGUAAACGGCGAAUUGAUUGAGCAAGCUGAAGCCCCUGAAGUGCCUGAGGCGGCCAUCCAAGUAGAGGAGAGUUCCAGGAAGAGGAAAAAGUCUAAGGCGACUGAAAGUCAGGCAACCGCCGAUGCCGAUCAUGGUUCAGCGGAAGUCGAGGCAGUAGUUCUGCAAGGAAAGAUUCCGAAGGAACGAAAGCCAAAGAAGAAGAGGAAAUUGAAAGAGAGGAAGGAUAAGUCAGUGGUAGUGACAGAUGCCGGGUCUCCAGAUGUCGCCGUGCGAUCCGAUACUGAAGGUGAGAAUACUGUAAGUGAAGUGACCGAUGAGGAAACGACAGCCGAACCGAGGUUGAAGAAGAAAAGGAAGGCCAGAAUCGGCUCUAAAGCAAGAAGAGCGAAGAAGCGAGACCAGGAAAGUGCAACUCAAGUUUCUGGAGCUACUGUCGUUUCGUCCGAGAGAGAAGAUACGAUCGACACAUGUAGUCUCGCCAAAUCUCCCUCGGUUCAAGAAGAAGAUCUCUCGGAGCCCGUCGGGGUGGUCCCGAAGGCCGUAAAAGAUGCGAAAGUUUCUAAGAAGAGAAAAAUGGUCAAGGAAGUAGAGGAUCCGGACACAGAUUGUGACGAAACGGCCUCAGCUGCAGCCGAUGAGCCCAUCGAUGAGGACUUCGAUACGUCUGCGUGGGCGCAGAUGAGACUUCACCCCCUCCUAGAAAAGGCCAUCAAAAACUUGAAGUUUAAAGAACCGACACCUAUUCAACAGGAGUGCAUACCGGCAGCAGCACAUAGAGGAAAGGAUGUGAUCGGAGCAGCAGAAACUGGUUCGGGUAAAACCCUCGCUUUCGGGCUUCCAAUAUUACAGCGCCUGCUAGAGGAGAAAGACAAGGCAGAGCAUAGUCUAGCUCCGAGUGAAGACGAUGCGGAGACCACAACGAAGAAAAAUAGAAGUGUGGGUCCUUUAAGGGCUCUGAUAGUUUCGCCCACCAGGGAACUGGCUUUACAGAUUUGUGAUCAUCUUAAAGCGGCUGCUAAAUGGACGGACAUAAACAUUGUACCUAUAGUAGGAGGAAUGGCGACCCCAAAGCAGCAGCGUUUGUUGAGUUACAAGCCAGAGAUCGUUGUGGGGACUCCUGGCAGGCUCUGGGAGUUGAUGAGCAACGGAGAAUCUCAUCUCUUAGAGUUGCAUUCCCUGUCAUUCUUUGUUUUGGACGAGGCCGAUCGGAUGGUCGAGAAAGGCCAUUUCAAAGAAUUGCAGUCUAUAAUUGACGCCCUCCCUAGCACCCAAUCAAAAUCAGCUGAGGAAGAGGAGUACAGUAACGUGGAAGGCGUGGAUGGUGUUGGAGCAGAUGUCGAUAUACCGAAGACGAGGAAGCGAAGACAAACCCUUGUGUUUUCAGCAACUCUGGCCCUGCCUCCGAACUUCAAAAAUAAGCUGAAAAUUAGCAAUCAGGGUUCCAAGCCGUUCAUGAAGAGUUUAGAUUCUGUCGCAGCGUUAUCAGAAAGAGCAGGAGUUAGUUACAAAGCUGCCAUCGUUGACCUAACCUCGACCAGCAUCGUGGCCAAAACCCUAACGGAAUGUCUGGUAGAGUGUCGUGAAGAAGAUAAGGAUCUAUAUAUGUACUACCUUCUCAAGAUACAUGGAGGAGGGAGGACAAUUGUGUUUUGCACCUCGAUAUCUGCACUUCGACGAAUUUCCGCUAUUUUGAAGAUUCUGCAACUUCCAGUCCACCCCCUUCACGCGCAAAUGCAACAGAAGCAGCGUCUUAAGGCAAUGGACAGGUUCAGAAGCAGUCAGGAUUGCAUUCUCGUCGCCACCGAUGUUGCUGCAAGGGGUCUUGAUGUCCCAGGCAUCCGCACAGUUAUUCACUAUCAGCUACCCCAUUCAGCUGAGAUUUAUGUACACAGAAGUGGAAGAACAGCCCGUGCCUCAACAGAUGGAUGCAGUAUCGCCCUGGUAUCACCUUCCGACAAAGCGAAGUAUGCAACUCUGUGUCGAGCCCUCUCAAGGCCAGAUGGGUUCAACAACUUUCCUGUCAACAUGGCGUACGUACCCGCUUGUAAGAAGCGAGUUGACCUGGCAGUCAAGGUUGACAAACUUAUGCGAAAGAAUGCACAGUCGAAGGCAGCCCACGCAUGGUUAGCACGCAGUGCUGAAGAGAUGGAACUUGAUAUGCAAGAGAGUGAAGAUGAGGAUGAACCCCGUGGAAGAGGAUCAUCGCUCACGAAGGGGGAAUCUGCUCAACUCAAGGCAGUUCAAAAGGAACUGAACGAGAUGCUGAGCCAACCUGUCAAACCGAAAGCUUUUUCGAACCGUUACAUAACUGGGGCUGGUAUGACACCCUUCGUGACGAAGCAGUUGCAAGAGUAUGCCCUGGCUAUGUCCAAGAGCGGCUCUGGAGCAAAAGGUGCAGCUGGAAAAGCCACAAGCAAGAGCAAGCUCGUGGUGAUUGGUCAGGAAAGGAUGGAUCCUUUGGAAGUCAUGCGCCUUUCUGCCGCGGAAACCACUGUAAAGCCUCGUGGCAAGCCCGGCAAGAGGAGGCGAGUGUAAUGAGCAGAGCACUGUGACCAGAGAUGUGUCUCAAUUUUGUCGUGCAUCGAUCAUGAGUUUGCCCGGUGGGAGAGAGGGAUCCAGCAUUAAAUUUUCCCGUGUGAACGAAUCCACUGAGCUUGUAUAUUAGCCGCUUCAUAGAACCUAUAUUCCUCUCUUGAAGCAUUUUUUUGUCAAAUUAUCCCUAAACUGAAUCGGAUAUGUACAUUUUCAAGAGCUUUUUCUGGCCUUUUAUGUAUUUAAAGUUCAUGAGGAGUAAAGGAACAACAGUAUCCCCA